AUGGACGCGUCGGGCGCGAGCGGCGACGGUCGUGGUACUGGCAGCAGGAGGUGGAAGGGGAAGGGGGUCACGCCUUCCUCUCGCCACAUGUUCCCCUUCGCGUACGAGCCGGCCUCGACGACGGCGACGCGCGGGAGCCUGAACCUUCUCCUGCCGUCGCCGUCGCCACAGCAACAGCAGCAGCAGCCGCCUCUGCGGCACCAGCAGAUGAUCUCCUUCGGCGGGUCGCCUCCCAGCGCGACGCCGUCCUUCUUCGUGCCGGCCGAGACCGCCCAGCAGCAGCAGCACCUCCUGCGGUACUGGAGCGAGGCGCUGAACCUGAGCCCGCGCGGGGGGCUCGCCGGCAUGCCGCCCUCGCUGUACCAGCAGCUGAUGGGGGCGCCCCCGCCGCCGCCGCAGAAGCUGUACCGCGGCGUGCGGCAGCGGCACUGGGGGAAGUGGGUGGCCGAGAUCCGCCUGCCGCGGAACCGCACGCGGCUCUGGCUCGGCACCUUCGACACCGCCGAGGACGCGGCCAUGGCGUACGACCGCGAGGCGUUCAAGCUCCGCGGCGAGAACGCGCGGCUCAACUUCCCGGACCGGUUCCUCGCCAAGGGCAGGGCCGGCGGGAGCGGCCGCACCAGCGCCGCCAGCUCCGCUGCUGCCUCGGCCGCCGCCGCCACCGCGUCGUGCUCGUCCUCAUCGUCGUCGCCUCCGCAAACUUCCGACGAGGCGGCGGCCAGCGCGCAGCAACCACCAGGGCAGCGUGAGCAGCAGCACGCAGAGAGGUCCACGUUUGAAGACCAGCCACAGGAUCCGCGUCCAACGACUGCCCUACACGAAGGCGCCUCUCGCGACGUGGCUACAGCCGAAAUGCUUCACACGUCGGAGGCAUCCGGCGGCGUAGGCAUGUGGGCUCCGGCCGACGAGGCAUGGUUCAACGCGUGGGGCCCCGGAAGCUCCUUCUGGGACUAUGAGAUGGACGACAGCGCCCGCGGGCUCUUCCUCCACUCCCGCUUCUCCGGUGAGGAUGCCGCCGGCGCCGGCAUGGGGCACUCUCACGCACAAGAAACUGCACCGGCGACGGUGGCAGCAGGGACAUCGUCGGACACGCCAUGCGAUGACGUCCCGGUGACCUAUUCUUCGGAUCCUCAUCCUCAUCCAGAAACAGCUCAGGCUCCUAACUUCAUGUGGAAGGUCUAA